AUGAGCAGCAAAAACCCGCUGCCUACUCGCCGCCACCCCUCCUCUACCUCUAAACACGCAAACCCCACCGCUCCACCCAAAUCACCUACCUCACACCAUCCCCACCGAGAAAAACACUUCAUCGCGAUCCCCUUCUAUACCAUCGAAGCACGAGCUCGGUCAUUCCAAGGACAAGUACUCAAAGGCAUUACACCGCUUCAAUUGGCCCAAAACGGUUUCUACUAUGAACCAAUUGCACCUUUCAACGACAUGGCCUGCUGCUUUGCUUGUGAAGCAUUCGUACGACUGGGAAGCCUCCAGCGCGAACCUCUCCAAGGAAGACAACGACUACAUGUUGACGACUGCGUAUGGCAAGUUAUCUACGGCGAGCUGAAACAAACUCUCGAACCUACCAAUAUUCUCCAUCCUUCGAUCAAAACAUCUCCGCCUAGAAAACCAACGUCCUGCCACCAUCCAUCUGUAGGACAAGAACCACCCAAAAAGACAACCACCGACGCCAGCACACAGACGCUAGUCCAAUCAACACCAACAGUACCCAAUAUAAUACAAAAAUCCCUCAAGAUCGACCUCGAACCCCACUCUCAACCGCCACCAACCACAACCAACCUCGAAAGGCAGCAGACCCCGCCAAUCGACAGUCCCCAGCUUCCUCAACCGACACCUCCCUUCGCCUCAUCACCCAAAACCCAACACAUAACCUAUGCUUCCGUCCUCCAACGACCUGUCAUAUCCACAACAGAACUUUAUCCUCCAACCCAAGAAUCUUCCCUUCCUGUCAAACCCAUACUCACAAUUGAAGAUCUUCACCGCCGUUUUCACAACAAACCGUCACCAUUCCAGCUCGAGAAUAAGCUAAGCCAACGCUCAGCUAAACGAACUCGGAACAAAACCGCAUCCGCAACACAGUCACUCUCCAGAUUUUUAGCUUCUGCUUUGCCCGCGUUCUCGCGGUUCCUAACAGAGAUGCAGUCAAAAUCGGAUACUUGCUAUCCGUCCCAUCCGCAAUUACACUAUAGCCGCGCCAUGAGGGCAGCCUAA